UGUUUCCGGUGUGUGGGUGGGGCUCCUGUGACAGCUGCAGACUGUCUGAGUGUGUUUUUUUUAUCGUCCUGAAGGAAGAACAGCGAGGUUUUAAAAAAAGUAAAGUCAGGAGGAAAACUGACGAGAUGAAAAGUUUGAUGGCUUCACGGUUUUAAAUUCACUUCCGGCUGAAAAGCACAAACAAACCCUGAGGAGGUGAAACAAUCCGACGAUCCGGCCGCUGAGGAUGUGAGAAAACCACAACACGAAAACACUUCACCCACCGCUGAAGACGACGUCUGAGCAGGAAAAAGUUUGAACUAUCGACAGAAGACCCUCGGCUGCAGACAAACAUGUCUCUGUUCUUCUCCGGAGCCGUUACAAGUUCACCCAUAAAGCGAAGGCUUCGCUCCAAUCAGUCCUGUCAGAGCCUCGACACGUCCCUCCUCUCUCCUGACUCCUCCUAUGUCUUUCACUCGUCCAUGGAGGGCGGGGAUCCGUGCUCCUGCCGCCGCUCGCCACGCCUCCUCACCAAUGGAUACUACAGCGUCACGGAGGACAGCUUCUCCUGGGACGACCAGGGCAACGUGUCUCUGUCUCCCUGCAAGAGCAACGUGUCGUACAAGGAGAACCUGGUCAGGGUUUUCCGUCGCAGGCGGCGGCCUCGCAACUCACUGGUUCGCCUGCUGAGCGACGUGACAGAGAGCUGCCAGUCCUGGCUGGACGAGAAGGUCUUCAGAGGCGUGUUCGGGACAGGACACAACCAAAGUCAGAGCUGGGACCAAGAAUUUGUCAAGGACCAGGACCUGGACUGGGCCAGGAGCAGUAAGGAGGGCCUGGCCCCACUGGACGAGUCGUCGUGGUCCAGAUUAAACAGCACGGAGCUGGAUGACAGCCGCAGUUUCACUUACGACCAUACUGAGAUCCCGCCCCCUCCUGACAAAGAAUCCCCGCCCCAAAAGCUCCUCAUCCAGGAGGAGAUUUGUUCAGAGAUCUGUCAAUCAAAGGAGCGGUUCACUCAGUCACUGGGCGGCCUCUCUGAAGUCCCGCCUCCCUUGGCCUUCUACACCAACAGCUGCUGCUGUCAGGCCUCACCUGAGCACACAGGUUUGACGAUGAAAGCCCUUCUCCUGUUCGUCUUCACCAUCUUCAUCUUCACUGCUUUAUACUCUGGAUGUUUCCUUUGGAGCCUGAUGGUUGCAUCCACCGUGUUCAUGAUGAUCACAACAUUUAUGGUUCUGACAAAGUCGGGCCCGAUGGGCGACUGGCGGAGGGCGAAGACGGAGGAUAUCACAUCAAGAAACGAGUGAAGAGAAGAGUCAGACGUCGGGGGGACGGCUUUUCAAAGUUUGUGAUGUGAGACUGUAGGAGAAACAGAAAACGUCCGACGGGACGGAGUAGAAAUAUUUCAUACUUCAGUAACUGUUUGCAUGUGAGUCGCAGCUAAAGGACCAAGUUACACUGAGCUCCGGAAGACUUUUUACAGCAACGCACGUUUCUGAAUGCCAAUCUUUAUCUGAUCAUGUUUGAAAGGGCUGAAGUUCUUUAGUAGUUUUAACAUAAAAUGAAACUUUCAAAUCAAAACAGCGGGAAGGUUCAUCAGACUUCAGGACUAAAAGCUCACAGAGACUCUCAGAUCUUAAAGUCACAUUUCUCCUCACAGCUGCUCAUGAGUGACAUCGAGCCGAUAUAAGUUCAUGUUCUCUCCGUGUUUAAUGCCUGAAACACAUAAUUUUUUAUGUCCGUCAUGUGUGGACUUUCCCGGUGUGUAAACGAGACGGUGUGUUUCUGUUCAAGCUGAAGGAGCUCAUUCACACGGGGAGUUACUGUAGUUUAGCAACUUUUAACAAAUAGAGAAUCCUUUUUUAUCACGUAUAAAACCACCUGAAUGUAGCUGAUGUAUUUUAAAAAUAUUGUAAAUAAGGCUCCGUGUCCACCUGGCGUUUUUUCCAGGCAGACGUCCGUCAUGUUUCUAUGACAACAGUCUGUUGACAACGGUUGCUAUAUAAACGACACUGCUCCGUUACUUUUUACUGCAUGUUUUAUAUUUGAGGUCGUGGAGGGUCAUUGAGGUCGCGAGGAGAAUGUGGGUACAAGACAAACAUCCCCGUAAAACUUCAUUUGGAAAAGAAAAGUGGCGUCAACAGCGCCUUUCUGAAAGGUUGAAAGAUUUUCAACUUGAGUGCUCGAAGUGGCAGCACGAAAAAGGCGAUUGCUCGGUAAAAAGGACGCUUGACGCUGUGCUUUUUCUCCGGGUUCCCGCCUGCUGCUGCAAACGCUCUCUACUCAUUGAAAACAAUUGAUAAAAGACGCUAGCGCUCAG